CUUCCGUGUAGAGAAAGCUGUCUGGGCCCACGUUCCUUCUGAGGGCCGGGCAGACAGACGACACCUGGCCUGAAGACCCACACUGACUACUUAGGUCACCUCUAUGUGAGUGCCUGGUGGCCCCCUUAUUACCUAUUGGCCCACUAGGCACAUAGUGUUUCAAAAGAACUAAUCCCUGCCACCUGCUCCGUGCGACCUAGUGUUGGCCAUUCUCCACCAGACCUCGGUUUUCUCUCCUGUAACACGAGGAUGCUGGACCCUCUGCCCCUAUGAAGGAUGGUUGUGAAUAGACCUACUCUGUGUUCGCUAAGGGCGAGACAGCUGUGAACAGUUUGGCCCUAGAGUGACACUUCUCUUCCCGAGUACGAAGCAAGCCAAUAAAGAAAAGAGGGAAUAGUGACACUAAGCGGGAAUAAUAAUAAACCACCAGGUAUUUUAUGGUGGUAAGGGAUGGAACCCAGGGCCUUGUACAUGCUAGGCAAGCGCUCUACCUCUUGGCUAUAUCCACAGUCCUAAACUACCACUUUUUGAGCGCCUGUUGUAUGCUGCGAGCUACGAAUGCAUUUGCUCAUUUACUUCUGGCAACAACCUUAGGAAGCAUUUUACAGACGAGGAAACUGAGGCCAGAAACAGGAGUGCUAGGCCCCAAGAACCCAGAUGUCUCACUUCACCUUCCAUCGUGUACAGAGACUGCCUGGGCCCACUGGGUCCCCGGAGUUAGGUCUAGAAUCUCUUCGGGUCACGGCCAACUUCACCUGCUGCAGUAGCCUAAGUGACAGUGCCUGGACCUGCGGGGCCCUCGGCACUGCUACAGAACUCUGGGGGUCUUCAGCCCGAUCCCAGGGGGCGCCCUGCAGGCUUCCGCACUCACAGAGGCGGACAUUCCACCGAAGCCAGGCGGGGAGGGCGCGUCCCCGCGGAGCGAGCGGCUCAGGUGCACCGAGGCCGCGCGCGCGCGCGCGCGCGGGUUAAAGGGGCGGGGCCGGCGCUGGCCCAGCCCCGCGGAUCCCGGGCCGUCCCCACCCCUGCCCGGCCGGCAGCGAGAGCGGCGCCGCCAUGGAGUCUACCGGGGUGCUGCCGUUCGUGCGUGGCGUGGACCUCAGCGGCAACGACUUCAAGGGUGGCUACUUCCCUGAGAAUGUCAAGGCCAUGACCAGCCUUCGAUGGCUGAAGUUGAACCGCACAGGCCUCUGCUACCUGCCAGAAGAGCUGGCUGCCCUGCAGAAGUUGGAGCACUUGUCUGUGAGUCACAACAACCUGACCACGCUGCAUGGGGAGCUGUCUAGCCUGCCUUCACUGCGGGCCAUUGUAGCUCGAGCCAACAGUCUAAAGAACUCUGGAGUCCCUGAUGACAUCUUCAAGCUGGAUGACCUUUCAGUCCUGGACUUAAGCCACAACCAGUUGACAGAGUGUCCUCGGGAGCUGGAGAAUGCCAAGAACAUGCUGGUCCUCAACCUCAGCCAUAACAGCAUUGACACCAUCCCCAACCAGCUAUUCAUCAGCCUCACCGACCUGCUGUACCUGGACCUCAGUGAGAACCGCCUAGAGAGCCUACCGCCACAGAUGCGCCGCCUGGCACACCUGCAGACGCUGCUGCUCAGUGGGAACCCUCUGCUGCAUGCACAGCUCCGGCAACUCCCAGCCAUGACAGCCCUGCAGACCCUGCACCUGCGGAACACACAGCGCACCCAGAGCAACCUUCCCACCAGCCUGGAAAGCCUGAGCAACCUCGCAGAUGUGGACCUUUCGUGCAACGACCUGACUCGGGUGCCCGAGUGCCUGUACACCCUUCCCAGCCUGCGCCGCCUCAACCUCAGCAGCAACCAAAUCUCGGAGCUGUCCCUGUGCAUAGACCAGUGGGUGCACGUGGAGACCUUGAACCUGUCCCGAAACCAGCUCACCUCACUGCCUUCGGCUAUUUGCAAGUUAACCAAGCUGAAGAAGCUGUAUCUGAACUCCAACAAGCUGGACUUUGACGGGCUUCCCUCGGGCAUUGGCAAGCUGACCAGCCUAGAAGAGUUCAUGGCUGCCAACAACAACCUGGAAUUGAUUCCUGAAAGUCUCUGCAGGUGCCCAAAGCUGAGGAAACUCGUCCUCAACAAGAACCGCCUGGUGACACUUCCUGAAGCCAUCCACUUCCUGACAGAGAUCGAGGUCCUGGAUGUGCGAGAGAACCCCAGCCUGGUCAUGCCACCCAAGCCUGCUGACCGCGCCGCCGAGUGGUACAACAUCGACUUCUCGCUGCAGAACCAGCUACGGCUGGCAGGUGCUUCCCCUGCCACAGUGGCUGCCGCAGCAGCCGGAAGUGGGCCCAAGGACCCCCUGGCGCGCAAGAUGCGACUACGCAGACGCAAGGACUCAGCCCAGGAUGACCAGGCCAAGCAAGUGCUGAAGGGCAUGUCAGAUGUGGCCCAAGAAAAGAACAAAAAACAGGAGGAGAGUAUAGACACCCGGGCUCCCGGGGGGAAGGUGCGGCGCUGGGACCAGGGCUUGGAGAAGCCACGCCUUGACUAUUCAGAGUUCUUCACGGAGGAUGUGGGCCAGCUGCCUGGCUUGACCAUCUGGCAGAUCGAGAACUUUGUGCCGGUGCUGGUAGAAGAAGCCUUCCAUGGCAAGUUCUAUGAGGCUGAUUGCUACAUUGUGCUCAAGACCUUUCUGGAUGACAGCGGCUCCCUGAACUGGGAGAUCUACUACUGGAUCGGUGGGGAGGCCACACUGGACAAGAAGGCCUGCUCCGCUAUCCACGCCGUCAACUUGCGCAACUACCUGGGGGCUGAGUGCCGCACCAUCCGGGAGGAGAUGGGAGAUGAGAGCGAGGAGUUCCUGCAGGUGUUUGACAACGACAUCUCCUACAUUGAGGGUGGAACAGCCAGUGGCUUCUACACUGUGGAGGACACACACUACAUCACCAGGAUGUACCGCGUAUAUGGGAAAAAGAAUAUUAAGUUGGAGCCUGUGCCCCUCAAGGGAGCCUCCCUGGACCCAAGGUUUGUGUUCCUGCUGGACAGAGGGCUGGACAUAUAUGUGUGGCGAGGAGCACAGGCCACGCUGAGCAGCACCACCAAGGCCAGGCUCUUUGCAGAGAAAAUUAAUAAGAAUGAGCGGAAAGGGAAGGCGGAGAUCACCCUGAUUGUGCAGGGUCAAGAGCCCCUUGAGUUCUGGGAGGCUCUGGGCGGGGAGCCCUCUGAGAUCAAGAAGCAUGUGCCCGAUGACUUCUUGCCCCCGCAGCCCAAGCUGUACAAGGUGGGCCUGGGCCUGGGCUACCUAGAGCUGCCACAGAUCAACUACAAGCUCUCUGUGGAACAUAAGAAGCGGCCCAAGGUGGAGCUGAUGCCAGGGAUGCGGCUGCUGCAGAGCCUGCUGGACACGCGCUGUGUGUACAUCUUGGACUGUUGGUCCGACGUGUUCAUCUGGCUGGGCCGCAAGUCCCCACGCCUGGUGCGUGCAGCUGCGCUCAAGCUGGGCCAGGAGCUGUGUGGGAUGCUGCACCGGCCACGCCACGCUGCAGUCAGCCGCAGCCUGGAGGGCACUGAAGCGCAGGUGUUCAAGGCUAAGUUCAAGAAUUGGGACGACGUGUUGACGGUGGAUUACACGCGCAACGCAGAGGCCGUGCUGCAGGGCCCGGGGCUCUCAGGGAAGGUGAAGCGUGAUGCAGAGAAGAAAGAUCAGAUGAAGGCCGACCUCACUGCGCUCUUCCUGCCUCGGCAGCCGCCAAUGGCACUGGCUGAGGCGGAGCAGCUGAUGGAGGAAUGGAACGAGGACCUGGAUGGCAUGGAAGGCUUCGUGCUGGAGGGCAAGAAGUUUGCACGGCUGCCCGAGGAGGAGUUUGGCCAUUUCUACACGCAGGACUGCUACGUCUUCCUCUGCAGGUACUGGGUACCCGUGGAGUACGAGGAGGAAGAGAAGAAGGAAGACGAGGAGAGGAAGGCCGGUGCGGAAGGCAAAGAAGGGGAGGAAGCAGCAGCUGAGGUGGAGGAGAAACAGCCGGAAGAGGACUUCCAGUGCAUUGUGUACUUCUGGCAGGGCCGGGAAGCCUCCAACAUGGGGUGGCUCACCUUCACCUUCAGUCUGCAGAAGAAGUUCGAGAGCCUCUUUCCUGGCAAGCUGGAGGUGGUGCGCAUGACGCAGCAGCAGGAGAAUCCUAAGUUCCUGUCCCAUUUCAAGAGAAAGUUCAUCAUCCACAGGGGCAAGAGGAAGGUGGCCCAGGGUGCCCUGCAGCCGAGCCUCUACCAAAUCCGCACCAAUGGCAGCGCCCUUUGCACCCGGUGCAUCCAGAUCAACACUGACUCCAGCCUCCUCAACUCCGAGUUCUGCUUCAUCCUCAAGGUUCCCUUUGAGAGUGAGGACAACCAAGGCAUUGUGUAUGCCUGGGUGGGCCGGGCAUCAGACCCUGAUGAAGCCAAGCUGGCAGAAGAUAUCCUGAACACCAUGUUUGAUGCCUCUUACAGCAAACAGGUCAUCAAUGAAGGUGAGGAGCCUGAGAACUUCUUCUGGGUGGGCAUGGGGGCACAGAAACCCUAUGACGAUGAUGCCGAAUACAUGAAGCACACACGGCUCUUCAGGUGCUCCAAUGAGAAGGGCUACUUCGCAGUGACUGAGAAAUGCUCAGACUUUUGCCAAGAUGACCUGGCAGAUGACGACAUCAUGUUACUAGACAAUGGCCAAGAGGUCUACAUGUGGGUGGGGACCCAGACAAGCCAGGUGGAGAUCAAACUGAGUCUGAAGGCUUGCCAGGUAUACAUCCAGCACAUGCGCUCCAAAGAACAUGAGCAGCCUCGCCGUCUGCGUCUGGUCCGCAAGGGCAAUGAGCAACACGCCUUCACCCGCUGUUUCCACGCCUGGAGCACUUUCCGCCAGGCCCUAGCCUAGGCAACCCUGUGGCUCUGGCCCCAUUGAAGAGGAAGGGGCCUUUCGUCCACUGCCUGCUAGCCAAGAACCUGCACAGGUGACAGUGCCUGCUCUGGCCACCGACCAGUGUCCCUGUCCCCAGCAGCACAGUCCCAAGCAGCACCAAUGUGGGGGGUAACCCUCUCAGGUGCCCCGGAGAGUGGUCUGGGAAUCCCCUACCAAUCAGUGUCCCUGUCCCCAGCAGCACAGUCCCAAACACCACCAAUGGGGAAGCAACCCUCUCAGGUGCCCCUGGGGCGGGGUCUGGAAGUCAGACUUGCCCCACCAUGUAAGCAUGUGUGAAGCCCCUCCCUCCCCUGCCAAGGACAAAAUGAUAUGGUGUCCUUUAA